AAAAGAUUUGUACCCAAAAAAAGAUUUGCAUAAAGAAAAAAAAAAGCUUCAGGAACCAGCAAAGGGAAAAAUCGGUUCGCGGCUUCUUCUGCUUUGGUACGUUCUCUCUUUCGCAUCGUCACUCUCUUUCGAUUCCUUGAUCUUCAAAUCUGGGUUUCCAAUUUUCGGAUUCAAUUGUUUGAUUCGUCGAUUUCUUCUUAGUCUCUGAUCUGAUCUAUGAAUAUCCCAAUGUCUCCAACGAGCUCAGUUUUUCCAUAAAUUUGAUCUCAAUUUCUUCUGUGUGAUCCAUAAUCCAGCCGAGACCCUAAGCUUGAUUCGAUCUAACUCUGGCUUAUCAAUUCUGAUCUUGUCGUUUCGCAAUGGUGGUCUGCAAAUGCAAAAAGGCUACCAGGCUGUAUUGCUUUGUUCACAAGGCCCCUGUUUGCGGCGAAUGCAUUUGUUUCCCGGAGCAUCAAACUUGUGUGGUCCGGACGUAUUCAGAAUGGGUGAUAGAUGGAGAGUAUGAUCAGCCAAAGUGUUGUCAAUGCCAAGCAACAUUUGAUGAGGGGGCAGGUCAUCAAGUCACUCGGUUAGGUUGCUUGCAUGCUAUACAUACAAGCUGCCUGGUUUCGCUUAUCAAGAGUUUUCCUCCUCAUACUGCACCUGCUGGUUAUGUGUGCCCAGCAUGUAGCACACCUAUAUGGCCUCCUAUGAUGGUAAAAGAUGCAGGAUCUCGGCUUCAUGCUCUGUUAAGGGAAGUAAUUACGCAGACUGGUCUUGAGAAGAAUUUACUUGGGAACCAUCCAGUUUCUCGAUCCACCGAAUCUCGUAGCCCACCACCGGCAUUUGCUUCGGAUGCAUUAAUUAAUAUAUCAUCAUCUUCUCAUACACAAGAAGGGAAUAACCUUCCUGAUGGUUAUUCAGUAGCUGGAAAUGGAGAAUAUUCCAAAUCUGCGGUUUCAGAGAUAGUUGAGAUAGAUGUUCCUGCUUCUGCUGGGAGUUACAUGAAAAGCUCAAGCCCUGGACUUGCUGCUGCUGCUGCACGGAAAGGAGUACCCGCUGUAGACAGGCAGAACUCCGAGACUCUAUAUUAUGCAGACGAUGAAGACGGCAAUCGUAAAAAGUACUCAAGAAGAGGUCCUCUUCGUCACAAGUUUCUACGAGCUUUACUACCUUUCUGGUCUAGUGCAUUACCAACUCUACCCGUGACAGCACCACCUCGUAAGGAUGCAGCAAAGGCAGAUGAUGGUUCUGAAGGUCGUGUAAGGCAUCAACGAUCAUCAAAAAUGGAUAUAAGGAAGAUACUAAUUUUCAUAGCUCUCAUAGCGUGUAUGGCAACAAUGGGGAUUUUAUACUACAGACUCGCACUACAGGCAAUUGGUCAAGAACUACCCGAUGAGGAGCAGCGAUGAGGUAAUAUCGUAUCAGACAGGGGAAUAAAGCUGCCACAACAUAUAUCAUACAUUCCUGCUUUAUCCAAAUCAAUUUGCCCUGGUGGAUACCCUUUUGGACGACUAGAAAAUGUUAUUUACGAGCUGAUUUUGAGAAUUGUGGGCUGCGGUUGAUUUGUUAGAGCGUUACACAUCGGUUCUUUGUGUCGGUUUCCUUGUUUUGUGACUGGUCUAAAGUUCUUUGUCUCUCUGCUUCUGGUUCAGUCGACAUGUUUUAGUUGUAGCUAUUGUUUUUGGUAGACGAAAACGCAUUUUAUGGAUGCUUUGAUGUUCAAUGUUUUGUGGGCUGUUGAGUAGUGUCUCUCUUAAUUUGAAGUCAAACCAGAAUUAGAAUCUGCGUCUCUGCAACCUUAUUUUUAUAUACUAAACUCCCAUUUUCCUCUGGAAAUCGACUACCGGUAGCGUCGGAAAGUCCUUGUAAAGA